CCUGCCUCUCACACCCUACCUUUAAGGUCUGUCCCUGUUCUGUUCCCAAUUCCUCCUCUCUUCCCACUUGAUUUUAGUGGUUACCAUGGCUCCCUCAGCACCCGGCACAAAGACAUGUGAGGCAGACUGUACCAGGCUGUGUGGAAUGCCAGAUCAGGUGGAACAAAAGUGUGAGGGUGGUUGAAAGAUGUCAAAAGAGAAGGCAGUGUCAGAAGAUGUGGUUCUGAGGCUGGAGGUGAGGCAGUGUGAGUGUUUGGAGAAACUUUCAGCCACGUAUCACCAGCAUGACAGGCAGAGGCACAGSACUUGAAUACAAACCAGCAGAUCAYAGUGAGUCUCUCUGAACUUGCCCMGGUGAGGAUGUGCCUCCAGACACAAACCAGAGUUUGCCAGAAUAUAGCAAUAAAAUUCCACUGAUGAAAAAUAAAUUAUUCCCUUUUAGACUUUUCCUUAAGUCUGACUUCGUUAGGUCUAUUACGAAACCAUAAAUACAGAAUUUACUGCCUGCAUGUUAGAGUUUGAUACUUGCUCUUCCCUACAUUGCAUUGUGUGAAUGCAUUUUGUCCUCUGCAGACUUGAAAGGAUGAGAUUUUAAUUUGACACACAUUUGAAAUUGUUACUUCUUAAGAAUCAGACAAAUUACUGGCUUCCAACCAAGUUUAAAUAAAAGGUUGAAAACGAAGAAUGGGCCAUGCAAGCCUGCUCUCCAGCAGCUCUCUUGAGCUAAGCCUCAGUCAAAGAUGGAGUAAGCCACCAGAUAAUCCUCAACUGGACACUCAACUACAUGACUAAGUGAUAAAAACUCCGUGUCCCAGGAACCAAAAUGUGUCUUAGAUUCCAGGAAAUUACCUAACUCCACACAGGGUGUUGAGAUUUCCUCUGCAUAAGUAAAAAUAUUUUUCUUAGCAUUUAAUUUGACUGGAAAGAGUGUUAUUGGCCUGCAUGAAGCUAAGACGGAGCAGUAUCUUUCUGUCAUUUUGUGGCAGAGAAGCAUGGAACAAACUGGGAGUAAUAAAAUCUUUCUCUCUGUACAGAUUGUGAAAUACUUUCCAGUUUGCCACUGCAGAUGUCCCUCUAUUUCAAUGUUUACUUCUUCCCGUUUUGGUGGCUUGUCACAGUUGUCAUACUCUACCUGAAGUAUCCAGAUUUGUCAGAUUACUACAAGUUCAUCCUGGUCACCAUCAUGAUCCUGGUCUCCCUGACAGAGCUCAUUCGACUCUACCUGGGCUACGUGGGCAAUCUCCUGGAGAAAGUGCCUGAGCUGGCUGGGUUUUGGCUCCUGACUCUCCUCCCGCAGUUGCCUGUCAUUCUCUUCUUGCUGUUCAAUGAAGGUCUGAAAAUCCACUCGCUGGAGCGAGCCGUCCACAUCGUCUUUGCCGCCUUCCUCGCCUUCCAAGUGGUCGCUGCCUUUUUCACGCUGAAAAGGAUGGUGAACGCUCUGGCCACUCGUUUCCGCCUUACCGAGUUCCACCGCCUGGAGGAGCAGCGCCCCGGGCCCGGCAUUUCCAGCCUGGGCGCAAGGAGCAGCUCCUGGGGCUGGUAGGGCUGCGGAUCGCACCCCGGCCCAAUGUUGCCACAGUUAUCUUCCUGUUUUGUUGGGUCAUUCAUCGCCUUCUUGCCUCUGAGGUAUUAAAAAAUAGAUCUUGCUCAAGAGCCAACAUUAAACCUCAGAGGUUGGAGCUCCUUCUGCAAGGAAAAUCAAAGCCAAUUCCAUAACUGACAUGAGUGGACUAUUUGUGGACUGUUACUGAGUAGAUGUGGAGAGUUUUAAGUGUUACAAAGUUGUGGCAUUUUAAAAACAAGAGAAGCCUUUUCUCUCACUGUUUGCACAGAAUGAUUUUGUUUACAAUAAAUCUUUU